AUGGUACUCAAUGCAGACGGAUGCCUACUGGCCGUUGCAGGUGCACACCACGCCGCCAUAGUGGUCUUACCUUCAAACGCUCGUGGGAGUAAAGCUCCCAUCAUAGAAUGCAAGUCUAUCCAAGUGGCACCUUAUUAUUAUGGAGUGAAGGGCUCUCCCAGGGUCGUCAAGAUCGAGUGGCAUCCACUCGCAGAGGGGUAUAGGUCCCUGUUUGUCCUCACAGCCGACGGCGUCUUGAAAGAAUACGACGUCACGGUCAGCUCAGACGAUGCAUUGCAAACGUUCAACUUUGUGCAAAAGCGAAAGAAGCGAAACACAUUCAACACGGAUGACCCACUGGCUUCAGAGGCUAUUUCAUUUUCGUUUGGCUGCCUUUCAAACGACAGAACCGGCGCCAGAGGGUGUAGUGACUGGACUCCUCUAACUGUGUACGGCCUCAUGAGGAAUGGAGAUUUAUACGCCAUUUGCCCUGUCGGCCCCUCCAGAUUACGAAUCGAUCAGUCUUACAUAUUGUCAUUGGAAGCCUACGUACGUGGAAAGGAGGCGUUGGCUCUCAACGAUUACUCUCUCCACAAAUCCACAAUUCCUGCCUUCAACCCAAUGUCCUCGUUUGCGUCUUCCGUAUCUUCCAUUACAAGCGCAGGGGAAGAGUUGGACCUUCCGAGUGUAUACGACCAUCAACGGAAAUACAUAUCUUCCCUCACCAGGCAACUCCCUGCAGAUGACAGCAUCUCACAGGAUAUUGCGCAGUCGACCGAAUUGUUAAAGGAGCUCUCUAUUUCGAGCAUCUCCAGCACGGCAUCAAAGACACGAUCCGCACUCGUCACUCUUGACGUACCAACAAACAUCAAACUCGAGCCAGAGUCUCAAGGACCAUUCAGAUUCCGGCCGGCACCAGGACCAAGCCCUACCCCGGAAUGGGAAGAAUUGGCUACGGAUAUACUUUACACACAUCUCUUCACCGACCAACCCAGACGCGCAUCAACCAAAUCUGCAGAUGCAGGUGUCAUCUUGAUCACCUAUAGCGACGGCAGAGUGGAUGUAUGUUUGGAUCUCGUAAAGGUUGAAGCUGUUUGGUCGCGACCGGGAGUCACUGCCAAUUCACCAGUCACCCUUGUACUGGAGACGAUCGACCUGGACUAUAUGGCCUAUUUCCGUCCCGUACAACCGCAAGGAGGCUCAUCAGGCUCGUCGAAACCGCUCUUGACAUCAGCACCGUUACACCCAAAAUUCCUCGCCCAGAAUCAUCCUACGAUGAUGUUAGAUCCAGUAUAUGGGGACACUGUCUACGUCUAUCAUAGCUUUGGUGUGCAUGCACUCUGGCUCGGAUGGAUGGCAGAUAUGUCGGCAGCAUUGCAGAAAAGUCUUACCAAGGAAGGAGAAAAGGGUGAGACCGUUCUCGAAGAAGACAGUGGAUCCCCAAUGAGGGCAGCAUCCCCAAUCGUUGGCUUGGCUGUUUCUUCCGACCUUUUCGUCGAUUAUUCGAUGCUCGCCCUUACCUCGAACUCGCAAGCCGUUCCUCUGGAGUUACAAAUGCGGAUACCAGAGCCUCACGAAGGCGACGUGACCCUCGAUCCUGAAACGGCAGCUAUGAUUGAGCGUCUCCAGAAAAUGUCGAGUGAUGGCACGACAAGCGAUCUCGCUCAGUCAAGCGAUGCAGCGGGUUCCAGCAGACACGCACCCAAGAAGCACCCAUCUUAUGUUCCAUACAAUUCGGAACCAUUCACCGGUCUUCCUCCCUACACGCCUCCCAUAAUACCACCGGUGCCACAUAUUGUGGUCGGAAAAGACGAAGCGACUCCAGAUCAGCUACGACAAUUUGCUAGGGCAGUCGCCGUACUUUCACAAAGCGACCGGUCUGUACAAGGCAGACCAGGCGUGAUGGAAGACCGUAUCUUCUAUCUGAUGAAAGAGCGAGACCGACAACUCACGACUUUACGGGUACUCCAACCUCGGGUGCAUAAGCUCGUAGGCAUCUACGGCACCGGUGGUCAACGCGCGCAGACGUUGGCGCGUUUGGACCGAAUUGCCGCUGCAUUACCAGCGCUGCUAAAGCGCGUUGAUGCUAUAAUGCAACGUGUAAUGGAUUCGUAUAGCGGGGAAUUGACGGCCAGCGAGAAGCAGUGGUUUGGCGAGCUCAAGCGGAUGCACAAAGACGUUGUCUCCAGCGGGGAUGGAAGUGCGCUCUCCUCCAAAGUUGAAAUGUUGUCAAAGCAGUUAGAGACGCUCCUGCCACUUGUAAAGGACAUGCAAGAGCAGGAAAAGGCGGCACAAGCGGAUAACAAGGCUGAGCUUGGCUCGAAACAGAUGCUGGAUAUUGGAAGGCAUUUGGGUUCCGAAGACGAGCACAUCAAAGCGGCAGUAGAGAAGACGCAACAGCUUGCUGCGAGGGUCGGCAUUACGACCACAGCGGUUGGGGAAGACGUGGCUGAAACUUGA